AUGGUCAUCUCUUUUGCCUUUGCCCUACUGCUCGGGCUCUCCCUUUUGCGGGCAGCAGGCGCGCAAACCUACAAUGAGCUCUACAGACCUCGUUAUCACUUUACGCCGGCAAAGAACUGGAUGAAUGACCCGAAUGGUCUCCUGUACCACAAUGGUGUCUAUCACCUUUACUACCAGUAUAACCCUGGAGGAGACACUUGGGGAGCCAUGUCAUGGGGCCAUGCUACCACCGAUGAUCUGACCCACUAG